AAAACGAUCAACCUCUAUUGUAGGGACAACCGCCGCGAAGAAGGGGAAGGACGAGGUUGAAGACAUCGGAUUCGGAACAACAGCCCAGCGACCUCCGGCAGUUGUGCCAUUACAUGUCAUGCGUCGGAACGGCAAAAUUGAGACACUAAAUCCUUCUGCAGCAGCAACAACAACAGGAGAAGCGCCUUUUCCCGUCUUUUCAUCUUCCCCAUCGAAGAGAAGACAAAAAGACUUGGAUAUGGAUGUCUCCAAAGAUUAUGGCGAUGCUGUGGCAGAUACUUCUCAUAAUACUCAGAUCAUCUUCCCACGAGAAUUUUCCAUUUCUUCCAUCCCUUCUCUCUAAAAAGCAGCAUUCAAGAAGGCGUUUGGGAAAACUGAUCCAGUCAUGAUGUUUUACGAGCAACAAGCGAGUUUUUCGGAGGAUGAAGUAAAACCUGCUAAGCCACCACCACAGUUACGAGCUCCUCGGGGACCAGGAUAGAUUCUUGAAAAAUAGUACUAGGAGGAUAAAUUGUUGAAGACUAGGACUCUCAGCUCGUCUUCCUCUACUUCGUCUUCCUGGUGAUCCUGCCUAUCUUCUAACCCACCCAAAAGUGAUUCCAAACGCCAAGAAGCAGGAAAAGCGUGGAGAUCAGCGCAAACGCAAGGGAGGCGCUUCGAUGAAUAUUCAAAUGGGCCAAGGCAUUCAAAAACCAGCAGGAAUGUCCCACCAAGAGUGGCAGGUUAUCAUGUUAUGAAUCAUUUUUUUUCGUACUAGCAUUGACAAAUUAAUGAUUUAUCGGUUUAGCUCUAGCUGGCAUUGCACCACUAUCCUUCUAACCAUAGCAGAAAUGGAGCGGGUCAAGUUGGAACAGCAAGCUGAAAACGAGGAUGAAGAAGGCGACGAAGGAGAACCGGACGGUGGGGAUGCGGAUCGUACUAAUUCUUCAUCCUUGCCUGAAUUUCUCUAAUAUUUAUUGUGCACCAUUGCUGUUAUCGAUCCUCUUGCUUCUAGAAAAAAGAGAGAUUAAUAUGUGCUAGCUUCAAUAGCGGAAACAUGAGAAGUUUUAUAGUGUGAGUUCUUGCUCAAGCUACAUACCAUAUGAAACAGCCCUCGCUGGUGCUGAAGGCAAGAAAGGAGCAGCGGAUGCGGAAUAUGAGAAGAUUUUGCAGGCUGGUAUACGUGGAAAUGCUGCUACAAACGACGCCGCUGAACAGAAAGCCAUUGAAAAGGGCUCCAAAGCGUUGGCCGGCAAAGACCGAGAGAAGGACAUGGCACUCAGAGGCUUUCUUGCUGAAGAUGCGCAGGGUGACGAAGAAUUACUGCAGAGGCAGCGUGUUGCGGAGUCUUUGCUUCAUGACAAUCGACCACAGCAAGUAUUAAGGCGUUAUUUCUUAAUGCAUCCCCUGAUCCUGAAGCCGUCCCCAAGGGAAGGAAGAAAUAGAUAAACAUGCAUUCAUAAUUAAAAGUGCUAUACCCGUGAAUGGGUACAUCAAUCAAUCAAUCGAUCAUCCCUUGUUAUAAUGUAUCUUGAACUUGAAGCUGUCCCAUAAGGGAAAAGACACUAGGGCCAAGAGGAUGAAUCUAAAGAUAAAUGCACUAGGGUGGUCCUAAAAGUAGUUCUAAAAGUAGUAGAGGAUUCCUCAGAUGAAGAGAUGCUCGAUGCGAUGGCGUCAGUAAGGGAAGCUCAGAGACAGAUGGGGUUGGACGUCGAUGCCAGAGAUACCUACGACAUUCUGCAGGACAAGCUGAUGAUAAAAAAGGAUUGGUGGUCGAAGUUGAUGUUUUUAUGAAAGGAGGAUGUUAGCGAAGUACUUAACCUAAAAAGGUACCUUUGUAUUGAGUGGCCUCAAAAGUAGAUCUUAAACGCUCCAUAAGAGGUUCCAGAGAGCAUCGCAUAGUCUAGGGACUGGUAUGCUAGCCAGCGAUAGACUCCAUGACGAUGACCUAAAAAGAGUGCUGCUUCGAUGGGAUAUCAAAAUCGAACUGGAGAGUACUUCUAUCCUGCAGUUUCCUCUAUUUUUUUUGAAAAAUCACGAAGGAGGAAGACCCCUCUGCAGUUUCCUCUAUCUCUCCUGUCUCCUUUCACUUUUUGAGCGCGAGAAAGAGCUGCGACGGAGAAGGCAGCCGGACUUUGUGCAUCCUUUCCCGCGUGCAUAUGCGCUUACCAACAACAUGAACUUCGAAAUCGCUGUUGCUUGCCUGAUGGUUCUCAACUUAUGAUUGUAUUGGAGACGAGGUAAUUUUUACUUGCAUUUAUGACCACGGUCUCUGGUGUCUACGGAGAAAACUCAAAUGAGCUCUCGCAGCAGGAGUCCUAGUACAUCCUACAUCCUCAUUCAUCUAAACAACGGUGUCACACUAGCUAUGGGCGCAGAGAAGCAGCCAGACGGGGUGAUGCCUUGGUACCUGAUUGUAGCGGAGCAAUUUUUUACCUUCGUUUUCGUUGCGGAAGCGUUAGUGCGAUACCUUGCGUUCGGGUGGCCUUGGUUAUGAAGUAGGUUCAAUCUUCGCUUUUAUUUUUUAACAAAAAAUGAAAAAAAAAAACCAAAACAAUGUCUGGCUGGUGCACAUGGACGAGAGAUUGACCGACUCAGAGAUGACACUGAACGAGCAUCUUCAAUGAGCUGGAAUAAUAAAGAUUUUUUCUCAAAAGCACCAUGUUGCUGCAGCGCUGUCCUGUAUUCGGGACUGUUUCGUCUCAUGUGAAACUUUUUUGACUAUCUAAGGUUUACCCGCUUAUUGUUAUUCUCUCAAAAGCACUUAUUGUUAGUUAUUCUCAAAAGCACUGAUUGUUAUUCUCAAAAGCACUUAUUGUUAGUUAUUCUCAAAAGCACGAAUAAUUGGAUUCUAAUCAGGCUGAUGGAGUUCUACAAUUUUGCGGACGUGAUGCUCAUUUUCACCACUGGCGUGCUGGUGAUGUGGAUCUUGGAACCAGCUGGCAUUCGUUCAGAUUUCAUCCGGAAUUUCUCUAUUUUGCGUCUCCUUCGAUUGCUGAAGCUCUCACGCGCAGUUGCGGCAGUUGACGCUUUUGAACUGGUUUGGAGGAUGUUGAGAUGCGGGAUGAAAACCGGGAAACUGCUAUUGUGGGCCAUUCUGGACGUCUGCUUCUUGGCCUUUGUGUUUGGGUAUGGCAUGGAGUUUUCGUUUUGCUUCCUGGAUCUUGUUUUUAUAGAACCGCAUGUCCCGUAGUGAAGCGUGGCCCGUUGAACGCGCUGGGUUUCUCAAUGCCGAUCGAAAAUCACCUCGUUCUUAAACACCUUGAUUAUAUGUACUACUCCUCUCUUACCUGCUCCCUUCGACCCGUCCCCUCUUUCAUACCGCAAUCUUUUUCACCGUUUUAAUUGGGAAAGAUGCGAAGUUGGUGCAUGACGAUAUUGUGCUUGAUCUAUUCGGGGAUGUGCCUCGAGCCGCGAUGACCUCGUUUCAGAUAGGCACAAAGACACAUUGGACAACGAUGACAAGACACAUACGCGAACUCGGCAACAAUUGGUGUUUCACACUAUCCCUGCUCUGCAUGACGUCUAUUUUAUGGUGAAGGGUUGUAGUUGUAGUAGCAGCAGUAGUAGUGCUUUUAUGACUGCACUACAGCUCGGUGGUUUUGUCGAGUGAUCUAGACUUUGCUCGAUAUCAGUGUGUUGCUGAAUCCUUUCCUGUCUUUCUCGUUUAGAUAAGUACCCUGCGAUGCUAAUAGAGUACCGAGGACUGUAAUUUUGUGAAUAGAUGCCCGAUCAGUUCCCCCUCGUCCGCCUGACUUCUUUCAUUUCGCAAUUUCGUGCUUUUCAACCUCGUUACCGCCUCCGUGAUUCAGAGUAUGUUCAAUGAGACUUCCUCCGAUAAGGAGCGGAGGCAACGACUAGAAGAGCACAAGCGAGCCCAAUACUGGCAGACGCUGGUGGGCAUUUUCCAUGCGUUGGAUGAAGAUGAUUCAGGCGAAGUGACAGCGGAGGAGCUAGAUUGGGCAAUAAACAACAACAAAGCCUUGCAAAGAAAACUACAGGACAUUGGGAUGCAUAAGGUGCAACUACUUAAGUAGAGAUAGAGCACUUCUUUCUUGAUAAAGUUGAAGGCUUUGAGCUUUUUAUGACAACUUUUUUUUUGGAGAAUGGGUAGUUUUUCUGGAAUCUUUUCUAGGAUUUUUUUUAUUUUUGGCUUUUUCAUACCUGCUGCUCUAAAAGUUGUACGAAUUCCCCUGCUGCGAGAUAUGGCAGCACAAAGGUGAUGAGUCGGAUUAUCUCGUAUCUCAAUUCACGACUUUUCAAAUUCAAAUUUUUGAAUUUGAAAUUCAAAAAUUCGAAAAUCAUAAAAUUUUUGAUUUUAUCUCGUUUUAAUUGAAUUCAUUUCCUGAGAAGCUCCUUUCAUCUGCAAAGAAAAACUGCGCAAAGCUCGAAUCUGGUAGAAAAUGACCUUGGCUUGGACAUAGAAAAUUUACUAACAUUUGAGUAUGAGCUUGUACACACCUUGGAUUCCACGACGAACAAGAAGUUCUAGACAUUCUAUGUAUUCUAGAUUCCUUCAUUAUUGUUAUUCAAAUCCUCAAGAAUUAGAAUUCCAAACACAAAUGAACAGGCAACGAUGUCAGAUUUAUGGAAUUUGCUGGAUGUAAACGGAGAUGGUGUGCUGGAUUUAGACGAGUUUCUAGAUGGCAUUCGGCAAAUGCAUGGCUCCGCUAAGAGCUAUAACAUGAUUCGCAUCAACACACGGUGUAGUGGACUGACGAAGCGCUGUUUUAAACUAGGGGGAUGGUUCAUGGCGGUACUACACUUUCUUCGAAGGUUUUGGUUGAUUACGUGUUUUUCACGUUACGUAGUAGAGUACACGACUUUAAUAUUCAGCAGGGUUGGUUUCCUCUGUUCUUCUGAGGAAUCGGAAGUUGCUUAUGCGUAAGAAUUUUCUUGGAUUUUCUCUCAUCAAAAUACAACUCCAGACUAUCCCUGAGGCCAAACGCCUCGCCUGCGUUGUGGACCGCACGCACAUGAAGAUGAUGGAAAUUUUUACACUGAUACGACCCCUAGAAAAGGCCUGCCUCAACAUCGUGCGUCUUGCCACGGAAGAAACGCAUAUGCCGCAAGACAAGCACGGUUUACCCAGUCCUGAUGAUCUUAGUCGUCAGACAAGGCAAGACAUGGACAUGCAAGGGUGGUGAGCAGGAGUAGGGUGGAUAUUUACACCGGGUUCGGGAUCGAGGGAUUACGAUUAAGCUAGUCAAACCGUUUAUUUUUACUUGUUAGUGGGGGAUGUAAUUUACCAUGGAUUUUUUGCGAUAGAUUUAUAUAUACAAACUUUUGCGAUCGCUACCUAGUAAGAGAAAUUAAAGAAUCCAAUGUCUAUUCUCUGUUUCCUGUAGAGAGACUGUUUGUUUUCCGUCAACAUGAAGAGCGUCAACAUGUAGAGAGACUUUGUUUUCCACUUUUCGAAUGAAUUCUUAGAGUCGGACUUUUAUUACCUAGUAGGAGCAGUAGCAUGUACCAAUCUCCGUAUCGCUUUUUGAUAAAUCGUAGAUAGACAGACUAUCCACUUCGACCUUGAUUAACCCCAUAAGUGGCUUCAAAGUUCAUUGUUUCGUAUUUUCUGCAAGAUCCUGAUAUCACAAGAUUUCGUUUCUGCGUUGACCUAGAUCUUCGUAUCAUCUUGGCGACUUGUCAGUUUCUAUCACAUCUACAUGUACCUAUCUUGACCUUGUUGGGGUGAGGGGGAGGUAAGUCGGGCGUAAUAUUGUAACAGUUAGGCAUCUUCACAUUCGUUUCGCUAUACUUGCAAAAGUAGACUGAACAUCGUGAAUCGCGUAGAUAUGCCAUUUGGUGAGUCCAUGAACUACAUGUUGUUGGGGUCUAAUUUCCGCAAAGAACUGCCGUUGUUAUCUUGAAGCCAC